GGGGCGGAUAUGGUCCCUAGGGCAGGGGCUGUCCUCGCCGUCGUGCGGAGAUGGCGUCGAGUAGCAGCAGCGCGAGCGGGCUACCAAGGAAGGAAGCGAACGUGCUCAAGGGGCACGAGGGGGCGGUGCUGGCCGUCCGAUUCAACGGGGACGGCAACUACUGCCUGAGCUGCGGGAAGGACCGCACGCUCCGGCUGUGGAACCCCCAUCGCGGCAUCCACAUCAAGACCUACAAAUCCCACGGCCGUGAGGUCCGCGACGUCCACGUCACCUCGGAUAACGCGAAGCUAUGCUCGUGCGGUGGGGAUCGGCAAUUGUUCUACUGGGAUGUCACGACGGGCCGUGUCAUCCGGAAAUUCCGCGGUCAUGAUAGCGAGGUUAAUUCUGUGAAGUUUAAUGAGUAUGAUUCAGUGGUUGUGUCUGCUGGCUAUGAUCGGUCAGUACGUGCAUUUGACUGCAGAUCUCACAGCACAGAGCCAAUUCAGAUUAUUGAUACGUUUCAAGACAGUGUAAUGUCUGUCUAUUUGACAAAAACUGAAAUUAUUGCUGGAAGUGUUGAUGGUACCGUUCGCACCUUUGACAUUCGCAUUGGUAGAGAACUUGUUGACAACUUGGGGCAGCCUGUGAACUGUAUCUCAUUAUCAAAUGAUGGUAACUGUGUCUUAGCAAGUUGCUUGGAUUCUACCCUACGUCUGCUGGACAGGUCCACUGGGGAACUUCUGCAAGAAUACAAGGGGCAUACCUGCAAGUCUUACAAGAUGGAUUGCUGCCUCACUAACACCGAUGCACACGUUGCUGGUGGGUCUGAGGAUGGGUUUAUCUUCUUUUGGGAUUUAGUAGAUGCAUCUGUGGUUUCAAGAUUCCAAGCACAUGCCUCUGUGGUCACGAGUGUGAGUUACCACCCAAAAGACUGUUGUAUGCUGACAUCCUCUGUAGAUGGCACUGUCCGUGUUUGGAAGCAGUGAAAUAGAGCAAAUUUUACUCGGUCAUCACUUCAAUCUGCAUUGCAGGUGAUGCUUCUAAGCAUAUUCAUCACCAUGCUUACCUCCAGUCCUUGAGCUUUGUAAAAUGCAACAGCUAGCUGAGGUCCUUUGAGAGGCAAAUGUGUGACGCCCAGAGACUUGAGUUUCUGACAGUUGUCAUGAUUAAUUCAGAAAAUACAAGCAGCAUUCUCAUCCCAAAUGCCAGGAAUUACAUUGAAAGAAAGUUUAGCACAAAAAUGUGUGAAUGGUAAUAUGAAAACCAUGACCAAAGCAGAAAAUUUCAUGGCUGCUGUCUCGCACUGUUCCAACUUCCAUGAUUGUCCCAUCUCUGUUGUUUCGUAAAUUCAUUCUCUAGGAUGCAUCGGCCACACUAAUUCAUUAGUGAAUGCCUCCUUGUUUUCAGGAACUUCUAGUACAUAUCAUCCAUUUUUAGUCCGGUAAAUCUUCAAAUUUCCAAAAUGAGGAACUUUGUUAUAA